CAGCCAGGUACGGUAGCGGUCAUCAUGAAUGACCCAUUCGCAUGUGCCUGGAACUCUUGGGCUCCUCUUGAUAAUGUUCUCCAGGUGCACAUGAUGAUCAGUGAGAAAAAGCGCUCUGCGACGCCAGACAGCCGUUCGCUGCUUGGUGGUUACUUUGUUUCUUUGUGAAAGACUUG